UAGUUGGAGCCCCGAAUGAACCUUUGAUACGGGGAGAAAAUAGUUUCUAUCAAUGCGAUAUCCAACGGAUUGGUUGUCAGAGAUUUCUCAAUUCAUAUUCAGGUGGUACCGGCGACAGUAAUCAUUGGCUUGGAGUGACGGUUGACACGAACCCCAGAAAGGAUAGCAAUUUCAUUGUAUGUAGUCAUAGAAAUAUUACAACGCUAUCCGAUUUACAUGGAAAUUAUGAUCAACAGACCGGAUCUUGUUUCGAGAUAUCGGGUACGAAGAUUGAUGUAACCACCAAACCUAGAAGUAAGGCAACUGCCGGAAUAUCUGCUCGUUAUUCACAGGAUGGCGAUUCUAUUAUCAUUGGAGCUCCAACGCACGGUUCACGAGAGCGUGGCGGUUACAUCUUCAAAAGUUCGCAACAGCCUGCCAGUCAACCAGAGGACUCUAUACCUCUUAAUCAAACAUAUGCAGGUUAUGCUGUUAAUAUGGUCGGCAGUAAAAUAAUUUUGGGAAUACCCAGGUAUCAGGACUAUGGAGCAAUCAAAAUAGGAGGUGAACUGAUUAGUGCUCCUCAGAAUAAAUUCACAUUUGGAAGCUAUUUUGGAUCCGCCAUUGCUGUAGGGGAUGUCAGCAACGACGGCAAACAGGAUGUGAUCGUCGGAGCACCAUUUUAUUCUGAAAAAUACCCAGAGGAAGGUCGCGUUUAUAUUUUCCACGCAGUAUCAUCUUCCUUUUCCAUGACGGCAAAUGUGAUAUUAUCCGUACCAGCUUACAGAUCUCGCUUUGGAUCCACUCUUGUUGUCGCCGAUUUUGAUAACGAUACAUAUAGCGAUGUCCUAGUUGGAGCUCCUUACGAAAACGAUGGCAUCGGUUGUAUCUAUUUAUUUAACGGGAACGAAAACAAACUUAAGAAAACACCCUCACAAAAAAUUGAAGGUACUAAAAUAAAUAACAAGAUCAGAUCUUUUGGAAUAUCUUUUUCCCGCUCCGUAGAUAUUGAUGAGAAUGGAUACCCAGAUAUUGCUGUUGGAGCUUACCUUUCGGAUCGAGCUGUCGUACUUCUAAGCCGGCCAGUCAUCAAACUAUUAGCGACUCUGGUAGCUAAACCACAAAUACUGCAAUCCUUUUUGGAUCCGAUUUGGCAGACAAAUGAGGACAUAAUAGUAAAUGUUACACUUUUCAUGUUAUUUAGCGGCGGAAAUCAGGAUUUAGUUAUGAAUACAAAUUUAAAAGUGGAUAUUGGAGAACCUGCGAGUAGAAAACGAGCCUAUUUGGAGAAUAACCAGAAAGAACACACCAGUUUAGAAGUAAUCAAGGGGGUUUUUUUCCAGAAAGUUUACCAAAUCUACAUAAAGAAUAAGAUUAAUUCGCUGAAGCCAAUAAGGUUUCACCUUGAUUACCAUCUUCCAAAUAAUGGCUAUGGUGCAUGGUGUAUCUUGUGCCCGCUUCUAAAGAGUGGAAAUCUAAGCGCAACGAUGAAAUUCGAUUUAUUAUGUGGGACGGACGAGAUUUGCAAUACCCACUUCAAUCUGGAGCUCACGAGCCCUUCUUCAAAUUUGCUUUUGAGCGGAGAAAGAAAAUAUAUUGAAAUUGUUGCGAAAGUUGAAAACGUUAAUGAACAUGCAUACAACACAAAAGCUCAUAUAAAUUUCCCAUCCUGGCUAGAGUACGUGACAGUAAAGAAACAUAACAACGGUAUCAAUAACGUAACGUGUUCCAUCGAGAGUAACCAAUACAAACUAACAUGUUUCCUCGGAUAUCCAAUGAGAGAGAAGAGCACCAUCUCGUUCCUGCUCACAUUCAUAGCCAAUUGGAUGCCGAUACCAAAAGAUCUUGAGGUGAAUAUGUCAGUCACAACCGACAGUGUUGUUCCAAAGGAAUAUUUAAAUAAAACAGUCUCUCUUACAAUUCCUGUGAAGAAGAAAUCCGUGGUGAAGCUUUUUGGAAUACCUGAACCUGAUCUUUACAUCCACAAGAGUAGCAGCAAGAGUAGUAGCAAGAGUAGCAGUGAUGAAGUAGCUGUGAUAAGUCACGCCUUUAUCUUAGAAAAUAUUGGUCCAAGCGAAGCACACAACCUUGUAUUUGAAACAUUUGUUCCAUAUCUAAUCAUACGAAAUAUGACCAUUAUGACUCUCGAUUCAGUGAAGUAUGAUGGAAUGCAUGACGAAAAUAGCAGUAUUGUGUGUAGAUCAACUAAACGCAAUUAUUCUGAGGACAAUAUACAGACGAUUACAAAAGAUAUAAUGAAAGCUGUAACUUACGAUUGCAGUUGGAUGAACUGUAUCAAUGUCACUUGCAAUUUCAAUGAAUUAAAGACAAAGCGCUCAAAGAAAAUUCAAAUUAACAUUGCAGUAGAAAACAGAUACCUUGAUGUUCUAAAGGGAAAAAUGCAUAAUAUCUACAUAAACACAACAGGAAAAUUGAAACAAGAAUCUAAAGAUUACAUUAUCAAGGUGCCAGAUGUUGAGAAGACAAUUAUGACUAAAGUUUACAUCAAGCCUUUAAAACCAACAUUAAAAUGGUGGAUACCAGUUGCCAGUAUUUUAUCAGGAAUAUUACUAAUGGUUUUGGUUUCCAUUCUCCUCUACGAGCUUGGAUUUUUCACACGAUACAAAAAGUUAGAAGAAGAAAAAGAGAAUCUCGACCCAGAUGGAAACGAAAAUAAAAAACCAAACGAUGAAAAUGAAAAUAGAUAGCAACAUAGAAAAAGAAGGCGAUUAGAUUGUAGAAAAUAAGGAAUUUAAAUAAUAACUUAUUCCUGUAAAUUGCGAAAAUUGCCCAUUGAAUGAUGGCAAUCCUUGUAAAUCGUGUUCAUAAAUGGAGGAAUUCAUGAAACAUAAAUCAGAAAUGCUGGUCAGUAGCGCCUUAUUUUCAAAUGGGAAUAUAAUAUAAAUCUUAAUUUAUUAACGGAUUCUUUCCUAAAAACAUUCGAAAACUUUUUCUGCAUUUUUCUGAUUUUUGCUUUCUCGUACAUUUUUUUUCUUUCGUUGUUAUUUUUAGUUGUUAACUGGAUUUGUUGUAAUUAUAUUAUUUGAUGUUU